GGCGGUGCAUCAUCCUGGGGCGGGGCCGCCCCGCCCACCCGCGCCGCCCCGCCUUCCGGGGACACUCCCUUCUGCCUAUAAGGGCCGCGCUCUGCGCUCUGCCCAGACCACGCACCUCGCCCAGACAGCCCAGCAGCGGCCUCACCAUGGAGCAGUUGAGCGCGGCAAACACCCGCUUCGCCUUGGACCUGUUCCGCGCCCUGAACAACAGCGAUCCUGCCGGCAACAUCUUCAUCUCCCCCUUCAGCAUUUCAUCAGCGCUGGCCAUGGUCUUUCUGGGGACCAGAGGCAAUACCGCAGCGCAGAUGUCCAAGGCUCUCUAUUUCAAAGGGGUUGAAGAGAUUCAUUCGGGAUUUCAGAGUUUGAAUGCUGAUAUCAACAAACAUGGAGCUCCCUACAUUCUGAAACUUGCUAACAGGUUAUAUGGAGAGAAAAGCUAUGAUUUCCUCCCUGAGUUCUUAGCUUCAACUCAGAAAAUGUACGGUGCUGAACUGGCCAGUGUGGAUUUUCUGCAGGCCGCCGAAGACGCAAGAAAGACCAUAAACGAGUGGGUCAAAGGGCAGACGGAAGGGAAAAUUCCAGAGCUGUUGGCCUCAGGUGGGGUUGAUAGCACGACUAAGCUGGUGCUGGUGAAUGCCAUCUAUUUCAAGGGAAACUGGCAGGAGAAAUUCAUGAUGGAGGCCACAGAAGAUGCAGCUUUCAGACUGAAUAAGAAAGACACAAAACUAGUGAAAAUGAUGUAUCAGAAGAAGAGGUUUCCGCUUGGCUACAUCGAGGACCUUAAGUGCCGGGUGCUGGAACUGCCCUACGAGGGAGAGGACCUCAGCAUGGUCAUCCUGCUGCCGGAUGACAUCCUGGACGAGUCCACGGGGCUGAGGAAGAUUGAGCAACAGCUGACUUUGGAAAAGCUGCGUGAGUGGACCAGACCCGAGAAUCUGGAUCUCCUUGAGGUCAAUGUCCAGCUGCCCAGGUUUAAGCUGGAGGAGAGCUACGAGCUCAGCACUCUGCUGGCCUCCCUGGGUAUGCAGGAUCUCUUCAGUGGCAAGGCUGACCUGUCCGGCAUAUCAGGAGCCAGAGGCCUCUCUGUAUCAAAGGUGGUCCACAAGUCCUUCGUGGAGGUGAACGAGGAGGGCACAGAGGCGGCGGCUGCCACCUCGGUCGCCGUCAGCUACUGCAUGCUGUUGACAGAGGAGUAUUUCACCGCCGACCACCCGUUCAUUUUCUUCAUUCGGCACAAUCCGUCCACUAACAUCCUGUUCCUCGGCAGACUUUCCUCCCCAUAGAGACUAGAAAUACAAGGUCAGGCUUGGAGCAUUUUACCUGCCCUUUCAAUGGUGACCAUUUUCAUAGAUCUUUACCAGUAUAACUACUAUCCAAAAAUGAAUCUUUAAUCUCCUUUGUAAGCUCAGUCCUGUUGGCUGGUUACACCCAUUAACUUGGCAUGGGUAUCUGUUCUUCUUUGUUUUUUAUUCUGCGGUAUGCGGGCCUCUCACUGUUGCGGCCUCUCCUGUUGCGGAGCAUAGGCUCCGGACGCGCAGGCUCAGCGGCCAUGGCUCACGGGCCUAGCCGCUCCGCGGCAUGUGGGAUCUUCCCGGACCGGGGCACGAACCCACGUCCCCUGCAUCGGCAGGCGGACCCCCAACCACUGCGCCACCAGGGAAGCCCUCUUCUUUUUUUAUGCUAAAAAUAUCCAGUGAUUUCUUUUGAAUGCAUCAAGUUAAAAAAGGAAAGAAAAAAUCAGAUGUGUAGAUUCUUGACAACGUAGAAAUCUAUGAAGUUGCUAUACUUUCCUGAGAGCCGGGGGGAACACGGUCACUCUGUCAUCUGUUUUAUAGAUAGACCUUUGGAAGCCGUAAUAUAGAGAUACCCUGAUUGUUGAAGGGAGGCUUAAAAACAGAUAUUCAAUUGAAAUACCGCAGAGCGCAGCAAUUAAGGGUCCGCGUUAUGAAGACAGACUUGCCUUGGCAAUGUCUCUGAGCCUGUGUUCUGCAGGAUUUGUAUCCCAUUACAGCCCUCCAGGUUUCAAACUAUCGAAGAGCCACCUGGUGAUAACCUAACCCCUCCUUUUUUUCUGUUCUCCCUUUUCCUUCCUGAUAUGAGUUGGUGUGGGAUCACAAGGAAUCAAGCAGUAGGUGUCUCACCAUGAAAGAUGCCAAGAAAUGACAGAAAGAAAAAUGUCGUCGGAGAUACUAUUAAGCAAAGAGGUGGCGCAGAGAUCUCAUCGUUAACCGGCUUCUGCCGUGUUUUCUGAUAAAGGCUCUUGACGUCCAUAGUAUGGUACAGGUUUUUAUGGUAAUGGUACGGCUUUAUGCAACGCUGUGGUGGGAGAUGGGGUGAGGAUGCACUCUGAUUAAUAUAACCCUUUGUUAAUGCACUCGUUGGAAGGGGGCGUGAAAUGCUGCACCUCUGUGCUCCCAUAAAGCUGGUGGGCUGGUUAAUAAAGUUUCCUAAGAUGCUGCAAA